AACGUAGGCUGACGUCACUGAUAAAAAUGUUUACGUUGACGUCAAAACAGUGCAGACAUGAUGGAUAGAAAACCUUAACUUCACCAUGACAGAAAACUUGAAUCCAUCAGAUGUUGAGCAAUAUCUGAUCAAGAAUCCAGAAUUUCUGAAGACUUACUUAAGUAAGCAUGGUGCUCCGGACAUCACACACAGGGACGGCAGCCAUUCGGAGCCUUCCUCCCCGGAGGUCAAAAUUAAAAGACUCCCAAACUUCACCAGCGGACGGGGAAACUCAAUUACAACAUCCAUAUUCAAAAAAUAUGUGGAAGGCAACUUGGAGAGAAUUAAAAAGACCUCCAAAGACAGGAAUCAGUUACUUAGUAUGUCAGAGGAUGAAGUGUUUAUGGAACUUAUCAGGGAUAUUGCUACAGAAUUGGAUGUGAAUGUAUUGUGUCAUAAAAUUCUUAAAAAUGUUAGUAUUUUAACUAGAAGUGAUCGUGGGAGCCUAUUUUUAGCGCGAGGAUCUAAAGAGAAUCGAUAUUUAGUGUCAAAACUCUUUGAUGUGACAGAAGUAUCCACCAUUAACGAGAGCUUACACACUGAGGAGACAGAAAUAAUCGUGCCGUUUGGGAAGGGAAUCGCAGGAUUUGUGGCCCAGAGCAAAGAGACUGUUAAUAUCAAGGACGCAUACGAGGAUCCAAGGUUUAACAAGGACGUGGAUCAGAAGACCGGCUACCGUACACACAGUAUUCUAUGUAUGCCUAUACUGAAUUACGAAGGCGAGGUUAUAGGUGUGGCGCAGAUUAUCAACAAAGUUACAGGGAACCACGAGUUUACAAAACAAGAUGAAGAUGUGUUCAGGAAGUACCUCAUUUUCUGUGGGAUUGGGAUAACUAAUGCUCAGUUGUUUGAGUUGUCAGUGCAGGAGUACAAGAGGAAUCAACUAUUGCUGAACCUGGCCCGUGGGGUGUUUCAGGAGCAGACUAGCCUGGAGAGACUGAUACAGAAGGUGAUGCUGGACUCCCAGGACAUGCUGAAAUGUGAGCGGUGUACUGUAUACCUCACCGAGGACUCCACCAGCAAGGAUCCCCUCCUGCAUGAAGACAACAACAUUCCAGCCAAGACCAAACCUACCUCCACCAAGGAUGUUUUAUUUUCCAUGGCAUUUGAUUUAUAUGCAAAGGACGGAGGCAAUAUCAGAAUUCCCAGUUCAGCAGAAGUGGCGAAAUCCCGGAACGCGGAGAUAGCCCGGCAUGUGGUGCUGAAGGGGUUACCACUUAAUAUUUCUGAAAUUGAAAUCGACAAAUUGUUUGGCAAAGGAGUGGAAUUUGAGGAUGAAGGAUUUAAAACCAAAAAUAUGCUGUGUAUGCCAAUAUUUAACAAUGAAAAGAAAAUCAUUGGUGUUACCCAACUAGUCAACAAAUUAAAUGGUGUACCAUUCAAUGAAAAUGAUGCAAAUAUUAUUGAGGCUUUCUCUAUUUUUACUGGACUUGGUAUUCAUAAUUGUCAAAUGUAUGAGAAUGCCUGUCGGUUGAUGGCCAAGCAAUCUGUGGCUCUAGAAGUUUUAUCCUACCACGCCACUGCUCAACAGGAGGAGACAGACAAGCUAGUGGUUAGCCAGUUUCCCUCUGGUAAGGACCUUGGUCUGUAUACGUUUGAGUUCAAUGACAUUCCUCUGGAUGAAUUGGAGACGGCCAAAUGCACCAUCACAAUGUUCACCGAGGCCAAUCUCUUGUCAGAAUUCAAGAUUCCUUUAGAGGUGAUGUGUCGUUGGACAUUAAGUGUGAAGAAAAAUUACAGACCUGUGACGUAUCAUAAUUGGCGACAUGCCUUCAAUGUUACUCAGACAAUGUUUACUAUCUUAUAUACUGGAGGAAUGAUAAAGAAAUUUGAUUCCAUUGAGGUGCUAGCCCUUCUUGUUGGUUGUUUAUGCCAUGAUUUGGACCACAGAGGAACUAACAAUGCAUUCCAAGUCAAAGUGGCCUCCCCUUUAGCAAUGCUGUACAGUACAUCUGUUAUGGAACACCACCAUUUUGAUCAUUGUAUCAUGAUUUUAAACAGUGAGGGAAAUAACAUUUUCCAAUCACUAUCCCCUACACAGUACAGAACUGUCAUUAAGAUGUUGGAACACGCUAUUCUCUCGACUGACUUAGCUUUGUAUUUCAAGAAAAGAGGAGACUUUCAAAAGCUUGUACAGGAAGGAGAAACAGAAUACAAGGAGCCAUACAAAAAGGAUUUACUUAAAGCUAUGAUGAUGACGGCAUGUGAUGUAGCAGCCAUCACUAAGCCGUGGGAAAUACAAGAAAAGGUGGCUCAGUUAGUGGCCAAUGAAUUCUUUGAGCAGGGUGACAAGGAACGAAGUGAACUGGGAGAAACUCCUAUGGCAAUGAUGGAUAGAGAAAAGAAGGAUGAGCUCCCUAAAAUGCAAGUUGGAUUCAUUGAUGCAAUUUGUCUUCCAAUAUACAAGAUGUUUGCAGAGAUGAAUCAGAAUCUGCGCCCCUUGUAUGACGGUGUCUUGGACAAUAAGAAACACUGGCAAGAGUUAGCUGAGAAACACGAAAGUAAGACGUCAAGGAAGAAAAAUGAUGACGAAACUCCGCCUGAGCAGGAAUCUCACAGCCCCGAACAAAAUGGGAUCUCUCAGAAGCCCGAUAUAGCAGAACAAAAGAGAAAGGAACAUGACAUGCAAUGUGAGAAGAAAGUUCAUAUGCAGGAUCCCAAGAAAACCAAAAUCUGUGUUCUUCUAUGAUGGUGGGGAAUUACCAUCCAUUUAGGAAACAAAAAUGGCCAUCUUAAUAUUUAUUUAAGUAUUCUUCCUAGAACGAAGUUGUACUUAAUUCAAAGAGUUUUAUCUUUUGUACUCAGUGUUACUGUAAUGCUGGUUUGAUUUGAAUUUUAUGGAAACUGAAACCCAAUUUGACCAUGACCCUUUCACUUACUGCAUGUAGAAUAUAUACAUGUAUAUAGGUAUACAAUCUUACGUGUAGCAUAAUGUAAUUCCUAACAUAAUGAUGGAUUAGAUCAGUGUUUUGAUAUCGUUUUAUCUCUUUUGAAGAGAUACACUACUUUGUUGUUGGCAUGUUUAUAUAGAUUCUACAUUCUAGUUGGUUAACGAAUGACUAAGUUGUACAAUUUAUUGUUUCUUCUUGUGUUACGUUGUUAUAUUUCUUAUUGUAGAAAGGGUAGUAAAUACCCGAGUUUUAUAUUUGAAGCUGUGAUAAAAUGUAGUGAUUUCUGGUUGAUUUAACAACUAGAAAUAUUAAUAUGUUUAGAUAUUACAUUGCGUAAUUAUUUAACAUUAGAUGAACCACAAGGUGUAUUUCGUAUAUAAAGACUGUUAAUGUUUUACGCAGCACUGCAAGUGUACCAAUAUACAAAAAAGGUUAACACUUUAAAUGAGAUCUACAGACAACUAUCUGAAGAAAAAACUUUAACAUGAAAGUGACUAAGCAGUAUUCAAUUUUAUAAUGGUUUUACAAGAGUAGAUGAAAAGCAGAAACACGUGUAAUUUAAAAUGUUGAGAUCAGAUUAAAUAGAAGUAAGUUUAGCAUUUUCAGAUUUCAUUACACUAGAGAAACAUUGCACGACAUAUUGAUUAUUCUACCUGUCUCUUCUAUAAAUGGUUAUGACUGUAUGGUUCUAUGUCAUAUAUCAUCUCUCAGAAUGUAUACGUGUGUUAUAAAACCCUUACUGUUUAUUUCCGAUGAUAUUUUCUGAUUGAUAUUAUAUAAACAUCAAUGACCUGAUGUUUAGCAUUAUACGUUUGAUACAGAGAUGCAAAUGCGACAGUUAUUUAUUGGGAAGUAUUCAUUUUGUCACUAUUACGAAAUAUCAGAUGCAUUGUAGUUCGAUGUAACGUCUAAUUUAUUUUCAAGAUGUCAUAUUGUUGGUAGUUGUUAUUAACAAUAAAUGGUUGACGAAAUUA